AUGGAGUUGCUGCUGAUCUGCCUUUCCUUGUGGAUAUUGCAGUGCAAUUUGGCCAAAGCGGACUCAAUCAUACACAUUGGGGCCAUUUUCGAGGAAAACGCUGUUAGAGAUGACGAGAUUUUCCAACUUGCCAUAUCAGACCUGAGUCUGAACGACGACAUUCUGCAGAGCGAGAAAAUCACCCACUCUGUGAAACUUAUCGAGCCUAACAACCCAUUCCAGGCUGUGCAGGAAGGUAAGGGACCCCCCCCUCCCCAUUUCUUAUUUGUUUGUGUGGCCCAAUCAGUUUGCUGA